AUGUUUCUUGGGUUAGUACUGCGCUCAGCAUUGCAAAAUGAUAAACAGUUUGCAUUAGAAUGGAGGCCAUUGCUUGUACCGUUUGCUUUCAGGAAUUUCAUUCCGAAAAUGAACAGUGUUGUGCAGGAUGUAAUGGAUGAGAUGGACCCGAAACAACAAGUUGAGGAACAGUAUAAGUCGGUGAACAACGAAUCUUUUCAGUGGCGAGCCUCGCGACUCCUCCUUUCCCAAAGUGCCUCAUAUUUUCAGGUUCCGUCAAAAAAAAGUGAGGUAACAGCAAGUAUGGCGCCUUUUCUCGAGGAAGUGAUCAGGCACACAGCAGCAAACAUUCCGGUCAGUGAUCGUCUUUGUAUUUAUCCACUUUUAGCCAGUUGCGAGACACCUACUUACUUUUCCAUCAUUUCACUAAAUAGCUUUUAUUGA